UCAUGGCCAUUUAUAUGUUGCUAUAAAUCAAGGGUCAGUAACGUUUCCGGUAUUUAUAUACUAGCGGCUGAAGGAAAAACCCCAAAUACUGUUUAACGUAAUGGCACCGGUUUCCGACUAGCUUCCUCUAUCCGACCAUUUUGGUUUUUAUCCAUUAAAACAUUUAAAAUAUCGCGCGAAAGCCGUGAAACCGAACGCAUUCAAUUUAGUAUAACUCAUCGUACAUCAAUUGUCAAAACUUGUGUUUCAAAUGUCAACGGACACUCUGUCAUUUCAACAAAAGCUACGCAACGGAGUAGUUCGUAUCAAGUUGAAUGUGAAAAAAACAUAAAUCUGUGAAAACAAACAUCUGGGUUUUUGUGAAGAAUACUCUGGUAAGUUUAGCAUUUUUUUACUUUAUACGUUUUAUUAGUGUAUUAACGCCUUAAAAUUUCAGUAUGCAAAAAAAAUCUUGCUUAUUUUUAUAUAUUUAUCGGCUAAUUAAUUGUGGACGGAAUGAGGUGCCCUAUAAAAUCAUAAUAUUCCGAAUACCGACCACUUGGUCGGUAAAAGAAAUUUUGCACGUUGUAAAUAAAACUAAUUUUCUAUUAUUCGUGUUGUUUUGUGAGUGUUUCGUUUUCAUUUACUGAUUCUAAAAGAUAUCAUUGGUCGGAUACACUUUAAUGGAUAACUUUAAUGGAUUUUUUGUAAAAUUCGUUUUAACUUGCACUUUUUUUCGGUUUACUUCCUGUUCAUUUCCAAAGACCACUCUGGUUUUAAAACCUUAUACUUUAUGUUUAUUAGACAUAAUUGCAUAAUUACAAUGCUGUUAGAUUUUUAUAAGUGUGUGUGAAAUAGAAACGCGCUAAAAAAUUAAUAUAAAUUUCGGUUUAGAGGACUUAUUAGGCAAAUAUAGGAUUGGUCGGAAUCUGGAUACGAUUUGUUUCGCUUGCCCCUGUUUCCGUCCAACUCCGGUGCUUUUGGUUUCGGUGUGCUUGUUUAAAAUUGCAUGUGUUUAUUUCAGGUACAUCAUCAUGAGUGAUAAGAAAAGGUUAAAGUAUUCGCAGGAAAAUAUGGAGAAAGCACUACGAGAUAUACGAGAGAAGAAAAUGAGUAUAAAUCAGGCUGCAAAAUCAUACGACAUUCCAAAAACAACGAUAUUAGACAGAUUAAAAGACAAAUAUAAAAAUCCAGGUAACAUAGGCGGUCCAACUGUACUGACAAGCUCAGAAGAAAUGUAUCUAGUGAAAUGGAUUUUAGAAUUGGGCGAAGUCGGUUUUCCGAUAACGAAGACUCAGUUACUGGAUUCUGUCACUAAAUUAAUUAAGAGUUUAGGCCGUCAAAAUCCUUUUAAAGAUGGCCAGCCGGGUAAGAAAUGGUAUAAUGGCUUUCUUGCUCGCCACCCGGAAGUUUCGAAAAGAGUUCCACAAUCUCUCACAACAUGCAGAGCGAUUGUUUCGGAGAAUAAUAUUAGGAGCUGGUUUUCAAAAAUACGGCAAUAUUUUGUUGAUAAUAAAUUAAUAGAACUUCUCCAAGACCCCAAACGUAUCUUCAAUUGUGAUGAGAGCGGUUUUUAUCUGUCGCCUCAAGAAAAGCAAGUACUAGUCAGAAAAGGCUCGAAAAAAGUGUACAAUCGUACUGUCAACGACGAGAAAGAGUGUUUGACGGUUUUACUUACAGUAGCUGCUGAUGGGGCAAUACCUCCACCAUUGAUUAUGUUUCCGUAUAAACGCUAUGUUCCGUCGUACAUCACAGCCAAUAUGCCUAAAGGGUGGGGAAUGGGUCACUCUGAUUCUGGGUGGAUGACUAGUGAGACAUUUUAUGAAUACAUCACAAAUGUCUUUCACCCAUGGUUAAAAGAAAAAGGAAUCCAAAUGCCAGUAGUUCUUUUUCUGGAUGGUCAUUCAUCUCACAUUAAUAUUAAUCUGAGUGAAUACUGUAAAGAACAUGAGAUAAUUCUGAUAGCAUUCUACCCCAAUGCUACUCACCGUCUACAGCCAUUGGAUGUAGGGGUAUUUUAUCCUUUAAAAAAUUGUUGGCGCAAUGAUGUCCGGGAAUGGCGUAUGGCAAACAGCGGGAAAAAAAUGCAGCGAUCAGAUUUUCCGAUAAUAUUGCAUAAGUCUAUAAAUGCAACACUUUCGCCUGCGAUAAUUGCAAAAACAUUCCAAACGUAAGGGCUCUAUCCGUUUAAUGAGGAUGCUAUAGAUUACUCGAAGCUAAUAAAAGAAAUUUCCAAUGAAGAAAAUAACAAUCUAGCACUAUCUACUGCUAAUCAACACGUCACACACAAAACAGAUGGCAGUCAACCAUUGAAUUUACUAAGUGAAGUGGAAGCUCGUUUGCCUACGGAAGUUGUAAAUAAAUUUAAAAAUGUUGACUCUGAAAUUGAUCUAGACGAGAGAUUUCUUGAACUCUAUAAAUUCUGGAAAAAUAUACAAUCUGAAAAAAAUAUAUCUAUGAAUGAAUCUACUUUUCAAAAUAAUCUGCCUAGUAACUUAAAUCAAACUAUUUCUGACAUAAUUAUUAAUGAAGAGUUUUGGUUAGCUAAUGAUGACGCAAUUGAAGCAACAGUCGAAUCAGAUGGGUCUUUAAGCUUAGUGAAUUUAAUAUCUCAGCCAUCUACAUCAAAGCAAGACCAAGCAAAAGAUUCAGAUAUAAAUACAGAUUUAAACCUUCAUGAUCCACAACAACCAGACUACAAAACACCAGUUAAAAAAUCACGAUAUUUCAGUGCGUUCUUUACAUCAUAAUUGUUUUAUAAAAAAUAAUCUUUGUAUUCGAUUGCAGGUCUGACUCCGAAGUUGAAUACCAGUCGCUGCCGGGGUGCUCAGCAGUAACCGAGGCUUCGAAAAACGUGCAGCCGAAGAAAAAGGCACCGAAGCGCAAAACUUCUGGGAGCGGCACCACGCCUUCGGAAUCAACAUCGAGUAAAAACAAACAUCAUAGCUCGGACCUCUUCGGUUUAGAGAACGACAAGCUUCUCCCAGCGACAUCGUGCGGAGACCUUGGAUCGUCCCUCGUGAGCCGCGUCGCCAACGGGAAAGUUCGGCGGACAGCUGACCUAACGGGGGACUUCUACGUAGAGGUGAAAGUUUACCAUAAGGCUGAAGCCGCUUCCACUCCUAGAGAGGAUCGGUGGAAGAAGGCGUCGGUUGCACUGAAAGUGCAACUUAAUAGAGGCUCCUCGACGUGGGACGCCUUACAAAUAUUUAUGAGACGGGCUCAUGAGUUAUUUGAUAACUCGGAGCCCAUCUUUUAUAGUGUAUAUCAUUGAAAAUUUAAUGAAUUUAAUUUAUUUUUUUUUUUAAUUUAAAAUUUAAUUGAAAAUGUCAUUUUCACACAUUUUUAAUAUUUAAUUAUAGUUUCGACACCAGUCUCUUUCAUCAUAGCCCCUAUUGUGUAUACCUAAUGUGUUUUGGAUAUAUUGCUUUUUACCUAAAUAAAUAAUUUCUUUCUACUUAUACUA